CCUCCCCGCAGCAGCCGCCAUUCUCCGUCUCGCUCCCCGGCGGCGAGAGGACUCAGGCGCCUCCAGUCCGCUCGGCGCCGCGGAGGGCGGGGCCUGGAACCUGCGCGGGCUGGGAGCUGAGGCCGAGCUCCUGCAGGUGAUUCCUGACUGCAAGAUAAGGUCUCUUAUGACUUCUGUCUUUCAACUUUCCCUGUUCUGACUUCAUAGUUUCUAUACCUUCCAAUAGCAGCAGAAAAUGAACAAGUUCCGGGGACCAGUAACAUUCAAGGAUGUUACUGUGGAAUUCACCCAGGAGGAGUGGCAGUUGCUGGAUGCUGCUCAGAGGACCCUGUAUAGGGAAGUGAUGCAGGAGAACUAUCGUCACCUCAUCUCAGUGGGUUAUUGUGUGAAUAAGCCAAAUGCAGUCUUCAAGUUGAAGCAAGGAAAAGAGCCAUGGAUAUUAGAAGUAGAAUUUCCACGUCGGAACUACCCUGAAGACCUAUGGAAUACUCAUGACCAAGGAGCAAGAUACCAGGAAAGCCAAGCUAAAAAUUCAAGGAAUGGAGAACUCACAAAACAUCAGAAAACUCAUACCAAUGAGAACGCCUAUAAAUGCAAUGAAUGUGGAAAGUCCUUCUGCCAGAAGUCUGUCCUCAUAAUACAUGAGCAUACUCAUUCAAAGGACAAACCCAGUGAAUGUGGGAAAUCUGUCUCUCGGAAUGGAGACCUCACAAGACAACAGAAAACUCCUACCAGAGAGAAGACCUAUGAAUGUAAAGAAUGUAAGAAAACUUUCUACCACCUGUCAUCUCUCAGUAGACAUUUGAGAACUCAUGCAGGAGAGAAACCCUACGAAUGUAAUCAGUGUGAGAAAUCCUUCUACCAGAAGCCACACCUCAUGGAACAUCAGAAAACACACACAGGAGAGAAACCCUAUGAAUGUACUGAAUGUGGGAAGUUCUUCUAUGUUAAGGCAUACCUCAUGGUACAUCAGAAAACACACACAGGGGAGAAACCAUAUGAAUGUAAGGAAUGUAGGAAAUCCUUUUCCCAGAAAUCACACCUCACAGUACAUCAGAGAACACAUACAGGGGAGAAACCCUAUAAAUGUAAGGAAUGUGGGAAAUUCUUCUCUAGAAAUUCACACCUCAAAACUCAUCAGAGAACUCACACAGGAGAGAAACCCUAUGAAUGUAGGGAAUGUGGGAAAUGCUUCUACCAGAAGUCAGCCCUAACAGUACAUCAGCGAACUCACACAGGGGAGAAACCCUUUGAAUGUAAUAAAUGUGGAAAAAACUUUUACUAUAAAUCAGACCUCACUAAACAUCAGAGAAAACACACAGGGGAGAAGCCCUAUGAAUGUAAUGAAUGUGGUAAAUCUUUCUCCGUGAAUUCAGUCCUCAGAUUACAUCAAAGGACUCACACAGGAGAGAAACCCUAUGAAUGUAAAGAAUGUGGGAAAUCCUUCUCUCAGAAAUCACAUUUUGUCAUACAUCAGAGAAAACACACAGGAGAGAAACCCUAUGAAUGUCAGGAGUGUAAGGAAACUUUUUUCCAGAAAUCAAAACUCACUGCACAUCAGAAGACACACACAAAGGGAAAAGCUUAUAAAGAGUAUAAAUUGGGAAGUUAUUCUGUCUGAAUUUAUCCUUCGGAAUAAUCAGAUAAUUUACAUGAGACAAAAAUCUUAUGAAAUACCAUCAGUAUGGGAAAAUUU